UUAUACAUGUGAUACUGUGAGAUACCUUUAGCAUUUGACCAAGUGAAGAACAGGUAGAGGGAGCUUGUGGUGGGACUGUGGGACACCUGCAGAGAUAAAAUUGUGAGGUGAGACCAAGGUGGGAAUAUCAUGUCUGUGUCUCGGCUGGUUUUGGUGCUUGGGCUGCUUCUCUGUGUGGGGGCUCAGCUGUCCAACGCCCAGCACUGGUCCCAUGGUUGGUACCCUGGAGGCAAGAGGGAACUGGACUCUCUUGGCGUGUCAGAGAUUUCAGAGGAGAUUAAGUUGUGUGAGGCUGGCGAAUGCAGCUACUUGAGGCCCCAGAGGAGGAGCGUUCUGAGAAAUAUUCUUCUGGAUGCCUUAGCUAGAGAGCUCCAGAAGAGGAAGUGACAACCUUCUGCCCUACACUGUUUUUCUACCUGACCCCCUUCUUCAAUGUCUUUGCAUGAAACAAUUUUAAGUCGAUACUUUGGUUUUGUUAAAUUUGUCAAUAAAUUUGUUUUACAGCAUUACUUGGAUUUUUCCUGUGUCAAAGAAAUGUUGAA